AUGGUCCACCCACAGCAUGUCGCUGAAGAAAAACGGCCUAUUCCAUACAUGAAUCUAGCAGUCGGGGCAUUCAUGAACAUAUUCCAAGGUACUGUUCAGCAUUUCGACAUUUCAAAUUGGUACAUGAAGCUAAGAAAGUCAGUCUCCUCUCUUGGCCAACCAAUGGAAGUGCUCAAGACCCAUCUAGCAGCCAACAGAAAAGAUACAUUGCUAGAGGCAGUGAAGAAGACUUGGGCCCGCGGACGCGUAGGCGCCUUUUAUCAGGGCUUGAUCCCUUGGGCGUGGCUGGAGGCGUCUACCAAGGGCGCCAUCCUGAUAGUUGUGUCAACUGAGACCGAGUUUCAUGCCAGGACUAAGUUGAAUGCGUCCCCAACGACCUGUGGAGUCCUGGGCGGUAUCGCUGGUGGCGUGGCCCAGUCGUAUCUGACGAUGGGAAUGACGACAUGCAUGAAAACCGUUGAAGUGACUCGGACGAAACUGGGCGCUGGAGGUGCCAAAGUCCCCGGGACAAUGGAGACCUUCUUUCAGAUCUUCCGUGAGAAGGGGAUUCGAGGUGUCAACAAGGGCGUCAAUGCAGUUGCAUUGCGACAAGUGACCGGUUGGUCAUCCAGGAUUGGGAUAUCUCGAUUCGCCGAGGAGACCAUUAGAUCCAUGAGUGGGAAGAGCAAGGAUGAGAAGAUGAAGUUCAGCGAGAAGAUUCUAGCAUCUACCAUUGGUGGUGCACUCAGUUGUUGGAAUCAGCCAUUCGAAGUUCUCCGGGUGGAAAUGCAAUCCAUGAAGAAUGAUCCUGGCCGCCCAGUCUCCCCAACCAUGUUGUCCACAUUCAAGCAUAUUGUUGGUACUUCUGGGUUCAAAGGUUUGUUCCGUGGUGUCAUCCCUCGUAUUGGAGUUGCGGCUUGGGCCACGAUAUGCAUGGUCGGAUUUGGCGACACUGUUAAAGAGAUGGUGACCCCUAAAUAA